AUGUCAGGCCAAGCACAGGGACGGAAAAUUGCCAUUAUCGGCUCCAGCGGUCACGUUGGACGACCGACUAUCGAGGGCCUUCUCGCACAAGGCAUUCACGCCAUUACUGCUGUUCAGCGAAUCGAGGCAACAAGCACAUUUCCACCUGAAGUCAUGGUCAAAUCUGGAGAUCUGAAGGAUGAGUCCUUCUUGACGAGCGCCUUUCAAGGACAAGAUGUUGUGGUGCUCAUGCCGCCUCUCCCUCAACUUGUCACUCUGCAAGAGCCAGCAGUCCGAGCAGCAGCAAAAGCUGGAGUUCCAUGUAUCCUCCCCGCGGAAUUUGGCCCAGACCCUUUUGCGACCAGGCUCAUAGAGGAGAACCAAUUGCUGCAAGACAAGAAUGGAGCCGCUGGCAAGGUCAACACGUCGAGUGUUGCACAGACUGGUCAGGCUACAGCUGCAGUAUUGAGCCUCCCAGGACAGGACUUGUCCCGGUAUAAGAACAAGGCUUUCUAUGUCCGAUCAUUCCAUCGAACCCAGAAGGAACUUCUACAAGCAGUUCAAAAGGCAACAGGGACGGCGGACCAAGACUGGAAGAUAGGCUACCAAGAUGUGAAUGAUGCACUGAAGGAUUGUGACGACAAGAUUCAGCAGAAAGAUGCCACUGCCCCAUUUGUCAAGUUCUUUCUUACUCAUUUCUGGGAGGGGAGUGGAGGAGAUUUUGAAAGCAAGGUCGAUGCCAGUGAGGUGAAGAAGCUGCACGAAAUCGGGCUUCAGGAGGAGGCUGUCGACGAUGUGCCCAAAAGGACUGUGUCAUAA